CCCUAAACCUUUCUUUGUUGGUUCAUCGAAGAAGCAGAAUGUGGGCAGGAACUCGCAGGCCCACUCCGCCGGCGACCACCGUCCACGAAAUCGACUUCGCCGGCGAAGUCAUCGUGACGACGGUGACCUCCUCCGGCUCCUCCACCGCCGUCUGGCUCCGAUCCCUGACCCCCAGCCUCCGCAAUCUCCAAACCCCGAUCGUCGGCCUCGACUGCGAAUGGCGCCCAAACUUCACCGCCGGCUCCUCCAACCUGGUCGCCACUCUCCAGCUCUGCUUCUCGAACCAAUGCCUCAUUCUCCAGCUCCAGCACAUGGAUUCCAUUCCCCGCAUCCUCAGAGACUUCCUCUCUGAUCCCUCAAUCUCUUUCGUCGGAGUUGGGAUCAUGGCUGAUGUUUCUAAGCUUUUUGAUGAUUACGAUCUCCAAUGCGGCAACCCUGUUGAUCUGGAUCCAUUGUGCUGGAGUUAUUUAGGGUUGGACAAUCGCCGGAGCUUGGGAUUGAAGGGUUAUGCGAAGGAGAUUCUAGGGUUAACAAUGGUGAAGCCGAGGCGUGUGACUCUGAGCAAUUGGGAAUCUAGGGUUCUUAGUUAUGCCCAAAUUGAGUAUGCUUGCAUUGAUGCUUGUGCUUCUUACUACUUGGGUUGCAGGCUCUUGUCCGAGUAACUCAAAAGUUAAAAAGGUUGAGAAGUUGAUGAUGAUGAUGUUGAAGACGGUGGAGGACUUUGGAGAUGUUUAUAUUUAGGUAUGGUUGAAUAGUAUGGUUUGUGACUUUGUGUUUGUUUGGCUGGUUUAAUGUUUGUUUUCUUCAGUCAUCUAUGCAUAUAUUUGUGGUUUUAGUUCUUUUGAAGAAAGUAUAUAAGUAUGUGUUGGAGAUGUUUAUAUUUAGGUUUGGUUGAAUAUUAUGGUUUGUGGCUUUGUGUUCGUUUGACUAGUUUAAUGUUUGUUUCCUUCAGUCAUC